GGCUUGGCUGGGCUGGCUGGAGCCCGGGCAGAGCGUGGGGAGCACCCAAGUGGGGCCAGAGGAACGUGGUGUACACAGCAAGGAGCCUGCAGAGGAACAUGGCGCUGCUCCGGGGGCUCCUAGUGCUCAGCUUGUCCUGCCUGCACGGCCCGUGCUCGGUGUUCUCUCCCGUGGGCGCCGCGGAGCCCGUGGCCCAGCAGCUAACUGCCGGGCAGAGCCAGGAGAAGCUGCCCCCGCUUUUCCUCCUCAAGUUGGGCAACCAGGAGCCUGGUGGCCAGACUACCCUGAAGAUGUCCUCCCUAGAACACUGCAAGGGAGCCCCAACGCCGGAGCAGACCCGCAGGCUGGCCCAGGCCAUGAUGGCCUUCACUGUUGACCUAUUCUCCCUGGUGGCCCAAACGUCCUCUUGCCCCAACCUCAUCCUGUCGCCCCUAAGUGUGGCCCUGGCAUUGUCUCACCUGGCACUAGGUGCUCAGAACCACACGCUGCAGAAGUUGCAGCAGGUGCUGCAUGCAGAGUCAGGGCCCUGCCUCCCCCACCUGCUGAGCCGCCUCUGCCAGAACCUGGGCCCCGGGGCAUUCCGAUUGGCAGCCAGAAUGUAUGUGCAGAAAGGAUUUCCCAUCAAAGAGGAUUUCCUGGAACAAUCAGAACAGCUCUUUGGUGCAAAGCCCAGGAGCCUGACGGGAAGGCAGGAGGAGGACCUGGCAAACAUCAACCAAUGGGUGAAAGAGGCCACAGAGGGGAAGAUUCAGGAAUUCCUCUCGGAGCUGCCAGAUAGCACGGUGUUGCUUCUCCUCAAUGCCAUCCACUUCCAGGGUUUCUGGAAGAGCAAGUUUGACCCGAACCUCACCCAGAGAGACUCCUUCCACCUGGACGAGCAGUUCACGGUGCCGGUGGAAAUGAUGCAAGCCCGCACGUACCCUCUGCGCUGGUUCUUGCUGGAGCAGCCUGAGAUACAGGUGGCUCACUUCCCCUUUAAGAACAACAUGACCUUUGUGGUCAUCGUGCCCACCCACUUUGAGUGGAAUGCAUCCCAAGUGCUGGCCAACCUGAGCUGGGACACCCUGCGCCAGCCCUCACUGCGGGAGAGGCCCACCAAGGUCCGGAUGCCCAAGCUGUAUCUGAAACACCAACUGGACCUGGUGGCCACCCUCAGCCAGCUGGGCCUGCAGGAGCUGUUCCAGGCCCCAGACCUGCGCGGGAUCUCUGAUGAGAGGCUGGUGGUGUCAAGUGUGCAGCAUCAGUCCACGCUGGAGCUCAGUGAGGUUGGCGUGGAGGCGGCCGCAGCAACCAGCACGGCCAUGUCCCGCAUGUCCCUCUCCUCCUUCAAUGUGAACCGCCCCUUCCUCUUCCUCAUCGUCGAGGACACCACAGGCCUGCCCCUCUUUGUGGGCAGCGUGAGGAACCCCAACCCCAGUGCAGCGCGGGAGCCCAAGGAGCAGCAGGACUCCCCCGACAGCAAGGACUUCCUCUGGGACCAGAAAGCCUUCCCCCGCGGGGACAAGCUCUUCGUCCCUGACUUGAAACUUGCACCCCCCUCAGAGGAGGAUUACCCCCAGCCUAACAGCCCCAAGUGAGGGGCCAUGGCCACCAGCAACCUGAGUCCCUGCCUGGACCAGCCUCUCAACUCAUGUGACUCUUUCCACCCAGCGCUGUGGGAUUGGGGGCAGGGCCUGGGCGGGCAGCCGGAGGGGAGAGGAGCCAUUCUUUCCCGUGCCUCUUGGGGAGUCCGGGGGGUGGGGCUGGGAGGAGGGCAGGCAUCAGGGAAUCCCCAGCCUGAUCCCUCAUUUCUUCCAAAGGGGCUCAGAAGGUGUUGUAUUCUGGGGCUUGGGCAGUGGGGCAGCUUGGAUCCAGUUUUGUCCCCAGAUGGGUUGGGUUGUUCCCUGCCAGCUGGGACACCUACACUUUUGUUUACCAGAGAGGGAGGGACAGGAGGGAGAGGCUGCCUUUGGACACAUCCCUGGACACCUUGGAUAGGAAGAGGAGAGACAGGCCCCAGUGGCAGAGACAGGCCCCAGGCCUCAGGAGGCAGAGCGUUGUCCUGGGGUGUGACCAUGGGCUGCCCCGGCCUCUCCUGGGGCCUUGUGUCCUGCUCUGUAGGUGGAGGUCGAGUGUCCAGCAUGACCUGACUCUGAUGUAACUUGCUGAAGGCCUGCCAGCCCCCAGCCUGCCCCGUGCCCUGUUGCCCCAAUCUCCCCACAGUUGGCACGGGGAUGCCAACACUGCCGGGUUCCCCUUCCCUCCUCCAGUCUUCCUCCUCUGCCCAGUAGCUCAGGGGCCGAGGCAGGGAAGGGCCCCCUUAUCCCCCUAAGGCUCUUUUGUAAAGUUUUUGUAGUGAUUUUUAUGCCACCUGAAUAAAGAAUGAAUGGCUGUGC